AUGGCACCUCAUGGCAAAGAACUCUCUGAGGAUCUGAAAAAAAGAAUUGUUUCUCUACAUAAAGAUGGCCUAGGCUAUAAGAAGUUUUCCAAGACCCUGAAACUGAGCUGCAGCAUGGUGGCCAAGACCAUACAGAGGUUUAACAGGCCAGGUUCCACUCAGAACAGGCCUCACCAUGGUCAACCAAAGGAGUUAAGUGCACAUGCUCAGCGUCAUAUCCAGAGAAUGUCUUUGGGAAAUAGACGUAUGAGUGCUGCCAGCAUUGCUGCAGAGAGUUGAAGGGGUGGAGGGUCAGCCUGUCAGUGCUCAGACCAUACGCCGCACACUGCAUCAAAUUGGUCUGCAUGGCUGUCAUCCCUGAAGGAAGCCUCUUCUAAAGAUGAUGCAAAAGAAAGCCCGCAAACAGUUUGCUGAAGACAAGCAGACUAAGAACAUGGAUUACUGGAACCAUACAGUCAAGCAUGCUGGUGGGAGUGUCAUGGUCUGGGGCUGCAUGA